GACAGGUUUAACAGAGCUUAAUGGAGAUUAUCUAUAGAGAAAUUAAACUUAACGCCAAAAAGAAAACGCAACACUGUUUAUGUGAAACUUGUUGAUGAGAUGCUUUAAUAAUCCAGUUUUACAUUCAGGCAGCUGUUUGAACAGCUUUAGUUGGAUUGGGGGUGGGACCGAGUCUGGCUGUUUUACUACACCGUCUGUAGCUCCAUUUCUGGAAUAGACCUCAGUUCUACUAAACCCGGCCUGAUUCGGGCUUGUAAUUCAUAUUAAAGUUUUAUUCUACAGUUUUGUUUUUUCCUGAGACUGAAAAAGAUUCUUUAUUUUCUCGCCGCUUAAUCAGUCAGCUUCUGGACCUGGUUCCGUCUGACAAUGGGUCCAGUUCGGCUGCAGUUUUACUUUAAAAAGGCUGUUCUAAUAAAGGAUAAGUAUAGAUUUCUGCUAAAAUCCAGUCAAACCAACAUGGCUUAAAUGAGCAGCUUUUAAAGGGGAUUCUGAAUUAAUCAGAACUCAGCCUAUUAAACAGGAUGAUGUGAUUUAAAUCUGAAAAUGUAUUUAUUAUUUUUCCCAGUUUCCAUAAGCAGUGCGACCCCUGCUGAUAAAUGCUACUGGGCCUAUCCCAGUUUACACCAGAACUGAAUGCUUGACCUAGAAGAUCAGAACCAGUAGACGGACCUGACCUGGAACACAAAGCCUCACCAGAUGUUUGCUUUCUCUCAGGUGAGGCGCCCACCUGUCCUGGUUCUUCUUCUGUGGUUCAGUCAUGGAGCUGGCGUAUGUGUGCGACUGGGAGAAGCGUCCGAAGAGCACCCACUGUCCGUCCGUCCCACUGGUGAGCUCCUGGUCCUGCAGGAACCUGGUGGCCUUCACCACCGACCUGAAGAACGAUGAUGACGACACCAAAGAUGUCAGUCACAUGAUCCACAUCAUCGACACAGAACAUCCGUGGGACGUGUUCUCCAUCAACUCUGGCCACAGUGAAGUCAUUUCCUGUCUGGAGUGGGACCAAUCAGGCUCCCGCCUGCUGUCGGCGGAUGGUGACGGCAGGAUCCGGUGCUGGUCGAUGUCAGAGCACCUGGUGAACAGCUGGGAGAGCGCCCUGAGCAGCUCGGUGGACGGAGACCCCAUCGUGGCGCUGAGCUGGCUGCACAACGGCGUCAAGCUGGCGCUGCAUGUAGAGAUGUCUGGCUCCACCAACUUUGGAGAAAAGUUCUCGCGGGUCAAGUUCUCGCCGUCGCUGACGCUGUUCGGUGGGAAGCCGAUGGAAGGCUGGCUGGCGGUGACGGUGAGCGGCCUGGUGACGGUUUCGCUGCUGAAGCCGGGCGGCGCCCUGCUGACGGCCAGCGAGAGCCUGUGCCGUCUGCGGGGCCGCGUGGCGCUGGCCGACAUCGCCUUCACCGGCGGCGGGAACAUCGUGGUGGCGGCGACCGACGGCAGCAGCUCCUCGCCGGUCCAAUUCUACAAGGUGGUGGUGAGUGUGGUGAGCGAGAAGUGCCGCAUCGACACAGAGCUGCUGCCGUCGCUCUUCCUGCGCUGCACCACCGACCCGCUGCGGAGGGACAAAUAUCCGGCCGUCACACACCUCAAGUUCCUGACCCGGGAGAACUCGGAGCAGGUGCUGCUGUGCGCGUCCAAUCAGAGCGGCAGCAUCGUGGAGUGCUGGUCCCUCAGGAAGGAGGGACUUCCUGUCAACAACAUCUUCCAGCACCGCUCUCCUGUUGUGGGCGAGAAGCAGCCGACCAUCUUGAAGUGGCGCAUCCUGACGACCACCGGCGACCUGGAGCGCGUCUCCGCUGUGGCGCUGCCCAAGCUGCCCAUCUCCAUUUCCAACACCGACCUGAAGGUGGCGUCAGACACCAAGUUCUGCCCCGGUUUGGGUCUGGCCCUGGCAUUCCACGACGGCAGCAUCCAGAUCCUGCACCGCCUGUCCCUCCACACCAUGGGCGUGUUCUAUGGCGCCGCCCAGCGGCCCGGGGACGACGCCGCCGCCGCCAUCAAGCGCCCGCGUACCACUGGCCCCGCCCUCCACUUCAAGGCGCUGCAGUUCUCCUGGACCUCGCUGGCGCUGGCCGGGGUGGACGGCCACGGCAAGCUCCACAUGCUGCGCGUGUCGCCCUCUAUGGGCCAGGUGCUGGACAUGAACACCACGCUGCGCCACCUGCUGUUCCUGCUGGAGUACUGCAUGGUGACGGGCUACGACUGGUGGGACGUGCUGCUGCACGUGCAGCCCAGCAUGGUGCACAACCUGGUGGAGAAGCUGCAUGAGGAGUACAUGCGGCAGAACCAGGCGCUGCAGCAGGUUCUGGCCACGCGCAUCGUAGCCGUCAAGGCGUCUCUCUGCAAACUCUCCACGGCGACGGCGGCGCGGGCGUGCGACUUUCACGCCAAGUUGCUGCUCAUCGCCAUCAGCUCCACCCUGAAGUCCCUGCUUCGUCCGCACGUCCUCAACACGCCGGACAAGAGUCCGGGCGACCGGCUCACUGAGAUCUGCGCCAAGAACACCGACACAGACAUCGAUAAGGUGAUGAUCAACCUGAAGACGGAAGAGUUCGUCCUGGACGGCCCCCCCUUGCAGUCCCUGCAGCAGCUCAUCCAGUGGGUGGGAGACUUCGUCCUCUACCUGCUGGCCAACCUGCCCAACCAGGUGAGCCAGGGCUCGGCGGUGCGGCCCGGGUUCGGCUUCAUGAGAGACGGGGCGUCGCUGGGAAUGCUGCGGGAGAUGCUGGUGAUGAUCCGGAUCUGGGGCCUGCUGAAGCCCGGCUGCCUGCCCACCUUCACCGCCAUGUCGGACAACCAGGACAGCAUGCAGCUGCUGUUCCGGCUGCUCACCAAGCUGUGGCUGUGCUCGCGGGACGACGGCCCCCCCCAGGAACCCGACGAGAGCCUGAUAGACGAGUGCUGCUUGCUGCCCAGUCAGCUGCUGGUUCCCAGUAUGGACUGGCUCCCAGUGAACGACGGCAUCAUCGUGAAGCUGCAAGGGAAGCUGCCGCUGCGGCUGCAGUUUGGGAAAGCCUCGUCGCUGCAGGGGGCGGGAGGCUCCGCCCCCCUGGAUGUGUUCACCAGGAGUCCUGGAGCUCAGAAGAUGGACAACCUGCGCUGCAUUCACAUGGGUGUCAGCCCCACCGAGGAGAGCAAGGCCUGCACCAGGUGUGGCUGCGUGACGAUGCUUCGCUCCCCCAACAAGACAAACGCCAUGAAGCAGUGGGAGCAGCGCUGGAUCAAGAACUGCCUGUGUGGAGGUCUGUGGAGGAGGAUGGCGCCCAGCUUCACCUGAACACACCUGGCCAGACGUGGCCAUGGAGAAGCUCCUGCUUCCUGUCUGCUGCAGAGAGGCUGCAGCGCCCCCUGUGUUCUGUAAAUAAAACCUGUUUUCUAAUAAAAGGAUCAAACUUCUUCA